CGAGAGUUUGUGUUGACGUCAUGGGCAGCGAGGUGUCGGCGACGGAGCUGGAGAUGAAAGAUGCCGAGGCGCAAGGUGGCUGUUCGACGUCCAUCGGAACUGCUGUGUACCAGCUCUCCACUCCGUAGGACAGCAGUGUUGGCACGCAUUGAUCUGUCUUUCAGUGCAAGUAGCCAGUGGGCAAGUUGCGUGCGUGCACUUAAUUGGAUUCGACUGGCUUUUUUUUUAUCCUUGUGUCGUUGAAGCUCGGGAAGCAGGCACGUACAUAAAUCCCAAGCAAAGAGCAAGCGGAGAGCUAAAUUGUUGCUGUGCUUGGUUGGAACAGCAUCCGUGAGCAUUAACACAGGUAGCAGUCUACAGCAGCACUUAGCAUAAAUAAAGAGGAUUAACCAGAAACGGGUAUACCCGGAUAGAUUACC